GACUGCAGGGUUCUGGGCGGGGACAAUGGCGUCUCGGGCAGGCCCGCGAGCGGCCGGCACUGACGGCAGCGACUUUCAGCACCGGGAGCGCGUCGCCAUGCACUACCAGAUGAGCCUGUGAGCCAGCAGCCUGCUGUCUUACCUGCUGAUCUUGGAUUCAUCAGCCGCCUCAGCCUGUGAGCCAGGAGCUGCUGUCUGACCUGCCGAUCUUGGAUUUGUCAGCCCUUGCUGCAACAUGAGUCAGGAGAAGCCUCCGGCCUGACACCUGACCCACAGACUUGGAACUUUCCAGCCUUUACAAGCAUAAGCCCAUGGGGAGCCCCAGACUGGCAGCACUGCUCCUGCCUCCGCUUCUGCUCCUCAUCGGCCUCUCUGCCUCCGCUGCAAGGACUGGCUGCCCUUACCUGCCCCGCUGGAGCACUCACUGUCUAUUGGCCUCCCACACGGAUGACAGUUGGUCUGGAAGCUCUGCCCAUACUCUUUGCCAUACCCAGUUGGGCCUCCUUCUCUCCACAAAGCCCUGGUGUGCUCGGGUCCAGCACUGUCCUUGCUGUGUGUGCCUGCAGCUGAUAUCAGACCUUUCAGGUCUUCAGUGGGGCUGGUUCCACUUCUUGGUGCGGAAAUCCAAAAAGUCUUACAGGCUCAAGUUCUGUAGGAGGCACAAGAUGCCAACAUCUGCUCAGAGGAAGCUGCUGGGUAGCUGUUGCCUGUCCGAGAAAGAUCACAUCUCUGUCCCCUCCCCACACAUCCCUCACAAGGGGCUGCGCUCUAAAAGGACCCAACCUUCAGAUCCAGAGACAAAAGAAGGUCUCCUGAGGCUGGGCUCACAGAGACAAAGAAGGCCCGAGUUCUCCUUUGAUUUGCUGCCUGAGGCACGGGUUGUUCGAGUGGGCAUUCCUCCGGGCCCUGAGGUCAGCGUGCGUCUUUGUCACCAGUGGGCGCUUGAGUGUGAAGAGCUGAGCAGUCCCUUUGAUACUCAGGAAAUUGUGUCUGGGGGACACACUGUAGACCUGCCUUAUGAAUUCCUUCUGCCCUGUCUGUGCAUAGAGGCAUCCUACCUGCAAGAGGACACCGUGAGGCGCAAAAAAUGCCCCUUCCAGAGCUGGCCUGAAGCCUAUGGCUCGGACUUCUGGAAGUCAGUACAUUUUACUGACUACAGCCAGCACAAUCAGAUGGUCAUGGCCCUGACACUCCGCUGCCCACUGAAGCUGGAGGCCUCCCUCUGCCAGAGGCAAGGCUGGCACACCCUCUGUGAAGACCUCCCUAAUGCCACGGCUCAAGAGUCAGAGUGGUUGUAUGUGUUGGAGAACGUGGACCUGCACCCCCAGCUCUGCUUCAAGUUCUCUCUUGGCAACAGCAGCCAUGUGGAAUGCCCCCACAGGACUGCCCCAUCCUGGAAUGUGAGCAUGGACACCCAGGCCCAGCAGCUGAUCCUUCACUUCUCGUCGAGGACGCAUGCCACCUUCAGUGCUGCCUGGAGCCACCCAGGCUUGGGGCAGAACAGCUUGGUGCCCCCCGUGUACAGUGUCAGCCAGACCCAGGGCCCAAGCCCAGUGACACUAGACCUCAUCCUUCCCUUCCUGAGGCCAGGGAGCUGUGUCCUGGUGUGGCGGUCAGAUGUCCAGUUUGCCUGGAAACACUUCUUGUGUCCGGAUGUCUCCCAUAGACGCCUGGGACUCUUGAUCCUGGCACUGCUGGCCCUAACCACCCUACUGGGCAUUGUUCUGGUCCUCACCCACCGGCGCCCACUGUCAAAGCCCGCAGGUCCUGGCCGAGUGCGGCCUGUGCUGCUCCUGCACGCGGCAGACUCGGAGGCUCAGCGGCGCCUGGUGGGAGCGCUGGCUGAACUGCUGCGUGCCGCGCUGGGCCGUGGGUGCGACGUGAUCGUGGACCUGUGGGAGGGGAAGCGCGUGGCGCGUGUGGGCCCGCUGCCUUGGCUGUGGGCCGCAUGGGCGCGUGUGGUGCAGGAACGGGGCACCGUGCUGCUGCUGUGGAGCGGCGCCGGCCUCGGCCCGGCCCGUGGCCCAGAUCCCCGUGCCGCGCCCCUGCGCGCGCUGCUCGGUGUCGCCCCGCGCCCGCUGCUGCUACUCGCGUACUUCAGCCGCCUCUGCGCCGAGGGCGACAUCCCCCCGCCGCUGCGCGCCCUACCACGCUACCGCCUGCUGCGCGACCUGCGGCGCCUGCUGCAGGCGCUGGAUGCGGGGCCCUUGACCAGAGCCACGAACUGGGGCCGCUUCGGUGCCCGGCAGUGCUUGCAGGGUCGCCUGGCGCUGUGCCGCCGGCUCGAAAGUGAGGCCGCCAAGCCUGCUGACCGAGACUGAGCUUGUGGCCGCAGCGUGUAGGGGCACUGGCUGGAACCCCAGAGUGAGCCUUCUCCCCUGGAUCUUGGGGCGCCUCCAGAAGACUACGGGCCAAAAAGCCCUAUUCUCUGCCUCCCAACCUGGCGCCAAGCAUCUCACUGUCCCGGCCCAUCCCCCACGUCGACCUACCUUUGCGUCCGGCCUCCUCGGGACUCCUGGGGAGAGAGCCAUUCUACUGAGAGUGCCUCUAACCCCGGCCCUAAUGGGGGGAGGGAAUCAUCCCACUCCCCCUCUCCAAAACUCCAGACAGAGCAGUCGGCUCCCCUCCAGUCCAGGCUGGAGAGGUUCAGGCAAGUACAGGGCAGGUAGGAGCUAUAGGAGUUCUCGAUGGGGGUCUCCACAGAGGGGAAGGAGAACGCCCCCUUGGGGGCCAGGGAUCCUCCUUUCCUCCACCCCGCUGUGUCCAGAGGGGUAGGGAGGAAGGACUCUGGACCCGGAGAAAGAGGACCUGGGUAGCCAAGGAACAAAGGUGGGUCAGUGGAGACCAGGAGCAAGAAAGAUGAAUAAAGGCAAAAGUGAUAAAACUAAGAAACACAA